GUGGCGUUAUACCCAUGUGUAAAUUCUCAGCAUUUUUGCAAACAUAAAAACUAAUUUUUAGAACUUAAGAGUUAGACUAUGAACAAGUUGGCCGCCAACAACCUGAAAAAAGGCUUCUGGCCUUGGAAAGAUGGACCUUACUCGCAGUUUCCUGAUCACUACAAGAGAAGAGUCAUUGAGAAGUUCACCAGACAACCCAUACCUGUUCACUAUGUUGAGGAACCGAAGUGGAAGGUUAUUCCAGAGACUGGGGAGCGGAUUCGGAACCAAACUCCACCAAUCCCACUUAUAUUCCCCAAGGAAGCUCUCGAGGGUCUGUGGGGAGGGGAAGGAAUUAUACGUGGAUUCAUCAAGAGGCAUAGGUUUGCCAGAAGAUGUCCACAUUUUUGGAAACCAAGACUGAUCAAGCACACAUUAUACAGCGAGAUCCUUGACCAAUGGAUGCCAAUUACAGUUACUUUCAGGACAUUGGAUCUUAUUGACCAACAUUAUGGGUUUGAUAACUACAUAUUAAAGACCCACGAGGUGGACCUGCAGUCUAAUCUUGGCAUGAAGCUGAAGCGUGAGAUGAUCAUCACAUUGUCGAGGAAGUCCAUGUAUCCUGAUGAUCCAGUCAAGAGGGAGGAAAUAUACAAUAAAUAUAAAGAGUUUAUUAUACCGGAGGAAGAAGCGGAAUGGUUGGGCCUCACCUUCUCUGAGGCGGUGAAGAAGCUGAAGGAAACUGCGGAGAGGGAGAAGUGGCUAAGAGAGAAACCAUUAAUGCAAGAAUAUCUGAAACCACUCAUUGAAAGUCUUCAAGUAGAAGAGGAAGAAGAGAAGAAAAGGAGCAUGAAGGAUUGGAUAAGCAGUAUGUUUAAAAGCAAGUCGGAUGUAAAACCUGGAGAUGACAAGAAGAGCUGAGGAGCGUGUGUCUGUGAUAGGAAAGACAUUUCAUACAUUUCAACUCUAAUGAAAUAAACUGUGAGCAGUUACGAGAGUAGUUCUUGGACUCGUCUCUGAGAGUGUUUUAGUUUGAGCAAAAAUGUAUUUACACUACAGCAAUUAUGGUCACUGUGUUUGAAAAAGGGAAAGGCUGUUUUUGAGCAUGUUAGGCAUCAA